AUGAUUGAGAGUGUAUCUCGGCGUGCCUUUAGUAGUUCCAGUGGUACAUACAACGUGCGAGCAUCGGAACUCGCGAGAGAACGAAAGUUAAACAUAUUCAAUGUCACUGUGCUGUUUUUGGAUGACACCCAGCAAUCCUUCCAAAUCGAGAAAAAAGCAAAAGGCAGUGUUCUACUUGAGUUAGUGUUCCAGCAUCUAGAACUCGUGGAAAAGGAUUAUUUUGGUUUGCAGUUCACUGAAAAUGGAUCGCCACCAAGUGCAACAAAUACAGAGAUAACGCGUUGGCUCGACAGCAGCAAGUCAGUCAAGAAGCAAGUUGGUGUUAACGCACAGUUCUGGUUAGCUGUUAGAUUCUAUCCCCCAGAACCCUGCCGGCUCGCUGAGGAGUUCACGAGAUAUCUGCUCUGUCUACAAUUAAGGAAGCUUUUGCUCGAUGGGAGAAUGACAGCACCCAGAAACACUGCACUCUUACUCGCUUCGUUUACUGUGCAGGCUGAACUAGGAGACUAUAACACCACAGAGCACACAAACAGCUACCUCUCCGAAUUGUGUCUCUUGCCCAAACAAAGUGCGGAAGACGAGCGUCGUAUUCGUGAGCUGCACAAGUUGCACAAAGGCCAGUCGCCAGCUGAUGCAGAAGCCAAUUUCUUGGAGCACGCUAAGAGGCUGGAUUGCUAUGGUGUAGAGUCACAUCCUGCUAAGGACUACAACGGAAAGGAUAUAUUGAUUGGCGUGACGUCCAUCGGUAUAGUCGUCUUUCAAAAUAACAUACGAGUGAAUACGUUCUCUUGGAGUAAAAUCGUAAAGAUUUCCUUCAAGAAGAAGCAAUUCUUCAUUCAAUUGAAACGGGAACUAUCUGAAUCCUACGACACGGUAUUAGGGUUCAACAUGCGUUCCGGUCGAGCGGCGAAAGCCCUCUGGCGCUGUAGCGUCGAACGGCACGGUUUCUUCAGACUUCGGGCUCCGCGACGCAGACCUCUGUUAGGUGCCCUCGGAGCACUAGCGGGCGUUACUGCCCCAACUGUUGCGAGAACCGAAACACAAGCUUUGGAGGAUGCUAGACGGUCCCGGUCGAGCAAUAGGAGUUUUGUUAGACGCAGUAGCUCCCGCAACCGCGAUCGCUCUGCGGGGGCUUCCCCUGCACUAGUUUUGAAUUCUACCGCUAGAGGCUCUCGCGUUACUGGCCAUGAAGAGCCAUUACCAAGACAGGCAUGGAGUGAUACACUGCCAAUCGAGAACGACGAUAGUGAUGGGGGCUUCUUAGAGCGUUCUCUGGCUCUACGCGUACCCUUAUCAUACGUGGACGAAUCAGAAUCCGAGUCCCCUGCAGAACCGGAGCCGGACGCGACAGAGGGCGCUGUAUGCGUUCGCUUGACAGCUGGUCCGGACGGACGAUUUGGCUUCAAUGUACGCGGAGGUGGUAAUAAUACGCCUGUACUUGUGUCCCGGGUUGCCCCGCGUACGAGGGCACACUUGCAAGAAGGGGAUCAGGUCAUUGCAAUAAAUGGCAAAGAUGUAGAUGAGAUGACACACGAACAAGUCGUGCAGAUGAUUAGGAAUACCAAAGGGGUUCUUACGUUACUGGUUAAGCCUAAUGCUGUAUAUGAGCCAGAAGAUACAGGCCCAGAGGAACCGGCUGUAUGUUUUGUCCCUCUCGGCUCCGGGCAAUUCGAGGGAGACGCCUUAGAACAAUCUAUGCUGUUGCUAGGCGACGGGCUGGCGAGUGGGGCAGCACUCAGACAAUAUGAAACUCUUUUAAGACGUCUCCCGGAAGAGUCUAUAGCGGUGGCCAAACUUCCAAAUAACCUCAAUAAGAAUAGAUACAGGGACAUUGCGCCUUACGAUUCAACUCGAGUCAUCUUGAAAAAUGGACCGAGUGGAGAUUAUAUAAAUGCGUCUUAUAUUAAUAUGGAGAUCCCGAACUCUGACCUCGUGCUGACAUAUAUUGCUACUCAAGGUCCUCUAGCAUCAACGGUUGGCGAUUUCUGGCAAAUGGUCUGGGAGAGCGAAAGCAGCCUGAUAGUGAUGCUAACUGUUUUGGCGGAACGCGGUCGUGCCAAGUGCCACCAAUAUUGGCCCAAGGUUGGCACCACGCCACUCAAAGCCAACUCACUCACCGUCCUUACAAAUAGCGAACAGAAUCUCGGUCACUAUGUGAGGAGGGAAAUGGUUAUGAAGGACAACAGUGGAGCCAGCCGUAACGUCACUCAGUUGCAAUACACAGCAUGGCCCGACCAUGGCGUGCCCGAGGAUUCAACAGCUUUCAUUAACUUCACACGCCUCUGUUCACAAUUAAGGAACCAUAGAGCUGUUAUACCAACCGUAGUAGAAGAAAUGGCAGACGAAGAGCGAAUCCUAGAACCGCCAAUGAUCGUGCACUGCUCGGCCGGUGUCGGUCGUACUGGAGCUUUAAUAUUAGCUGAGACAGCGCUCGAACUGCUCGCAACACGACAGCCUCUCUACCCGCUUGAUCUCGUCCGAACGAUGAGGACACAGCGGCCUAUGUGUAUUCAGAAUGCUAGCCAAUACAAGUUCGUGUGCGAGAGUAUCCAAUCAGCGUACUCCCAGGGCUUGUCCACGCCACCAGACCCAGCCAACUGA